CCCAACUCUUCCCGCUUCGCAGGGGCUCCCUUUGACAGAGCCACGCUCGUGUACUAUGUACUAACCUACUUACCUCGAGAUACAUGGAUGUAAUACCAUGUAGACACUGCCAGACUGCCAUGGACUGGGGUAGACCACCACAUGCCGUCAACAUGCCUACCCGCCGCAAGUACAUCAAUGUAUGUACUACAUACAUAGUACUACUCCCACUUACAUACAUAUGUAGGUUAGAAGAUACGCAUGUACAAUAGAAUGACAUGACGGCUCAGUAACAACUACUUUGUGCCAUGCAGCUGGCCCUUUUCCUCAUGUAGUUGCAGAGCCUUGUGUCACCCACCAUCCGCAGAUCCCACAUCAUAUAUGUCGAGUCCUCUCCCCCAGGCAACUGGUUCCCAUUCUGUAUGCUCGAGUUUUCCCUUGCGUCGGCCUCCACCAUGAUGCUAUCCAAACCGGGCGUCAGCAUUCGAAGGCUUAUCUCUCAACGAAGGUCUAUAGAUCAGAGUGAGGAUGGGGUUCCCGUUAGUACCGAUAGACCGGAUCACAAAGCAGGAAAAAAAGACACUGGGACUUAUAGGAAACGGCCGUAUGGUUAUAAAAAACGACCACCGCCACCUAUUAUAGUCAGUAGAGAACAAAGCAUCCAUGACAUACUCAACUCAAUACCGCCACUCCCGCCAUACGAAAUACCACGUUCCUCCGAGGCACGCUUCACAGAACCACGUUCUUCAGAGAGUUCGUUGAAUAGUUACGAGCAUUACCAAGAGGGCCCUCGAUCAAUCGACUCAAAGAGGUCUAGGUCACCUCUUUGUUCGACCUCCUCGUCAAAGGACGCUCAAAGCCAGGAAUCGCUCCAGCUUCCCGGCACCGCUAGUUACAAGGGCGAUGGAUCUCCUCCUAGAUCUGUACCAAAGCACCAUGCAAGGUCAUCGGAGUCAUUGAGCCUCCGAGCGGACUCUCCAAGCUCACUCCUUAACUCACCAGAAGCUUUAUCUUCCCAGCAAGAAAAAAACAAAGCGACUCGGUCAAAGCCGCACUCGCGACGGCAGGAAUCGUUGGCCAGCUUUUCGAGUGACAUCCAACAGCUAAUACAUGAGGCGGACGAGGCCUUCAAGGCCGUUGGUAGCGCCCUCGCCGAAGUCCAACUAACAACUAAAAGCGCGUCCAAAGAGCUAACAAAAGCUUCCACUCCUGAUUCAUCACCAAUCUUGAAGCCAACACCUGUGGUUUCUCCUGAUCAAAUGCAGAACUCACCCCGUGCCCCAGCGGUAUCUCCAAUACUCGCACCUAACCGAAACAUCGCUGUGUCUAAUGGAGUCAAGAGGAAUAAGUCCAAGAAGUCCAAGAAGGCCAUGGCAAUGAAAUCGUACCGAAAAGCCAAUGCGGCCAAGCCGGCAAAGAAUGGUCCAAGGUGGACCCUUUCCGAUAACGUAACAGAGCUAUUCAGCGGGAAACUCUUUCAUAGAAUUGAGGUAGAUGAGAUGCUCACACCGGGUCAGCUGGAAGCGUAUAAACUGCGCCGGCUGUCCAUAAUGCAGUCGAAACAGACGAAGAAGUCGACUGAGACCAUCGACGCCGAGGCGAGCGAUACGCCGAUUGAGCCAUUUCACCUCGAAGAUCUCUCUUCCCGAAUCGGAUCAGCCGGCAUUAUCAAUGACAACGGACCGAUUGAGGGAAAGCAUGCCUCGCCAAGUCUUGACCCUGUCGUACGACGGGAUUUCUCGGUAGAUUCGCAAAACGAGGAUCAUCGUCCCAAUGAAUCCCACUCGGCAUCAUCGCAGACAGAUAUCGGAGAAGAACAAGCAGAAUACAAGAAUGCCACAUACCCCACACCACCAAUGAGGCAUCCCGCACGAUUUGGUGGGCGAAACCAAAAGACCUCAUUACCGAGCAUUCCGGAAACGAGCACCAUCACAUCACCAAUAGAGGAGCCCAUCCAUGGACAGAGCUUUAUCGGCUCACAGGAUAUGGUAGUGGAUUCCAAUUUUGUUUUUCUUCAAUCAGCACCGUGCUCCGUGACGUGCCCUUCAUUCCGGCAAGGUCCGAUCCGACUAGCCAAGUUGGAUCUCAUGCCGGAUAUGAAGGUCGGAGCCGACGAAGGCCUGGACUGGACGGCAUUCCAGAUGGCCAUCGCCGGGGGUGCCGGAGACUGGUUUUCCGAAAGCGACGAUACCAUUCGCCGCAGAGAGGCGGAAGAGGUCGAGGACCUCGUCGACUGGUUUGGUUCCUUGAAUUUCGACAGCAUCGGAGGACUUGUCGCGCGGGAGAUCGAGGCGCCUAGCCCCACGAGCAUGACGUCGGACGAGGACUACUCGGACGUGUCGUACACCGAAAUCGAGAAGGACAACCCGUACAGCUCUCACCACCAAUGGCAGCCGCUUCGGCACAGAGGCCAUCGGUUGGAGCUCGACAUGCAGGGACUCCAGCUCGACACGUUGAAAAAUCAAUUCCGCGAGAGCUACGCCAGUCUUCCGCAGAGCCCGAUGCUAGAUCUUCGGGUGAUCCACAGCGAAGACGGCGAUGAUGUGGAUGUGGUCCCGAUGGGAUACAACCUCGGACACGACUUGGGAGAUUUCCUAAAAUGGGAGGCAGAGCACGCUUAUGCCGGCGACUUUUACUCGAGCUAAGGAGCCAAGGCAUUUUCAACGUUGUUUUUUUUUGGUUUCAUUUAUAUAGAUAUCCUUAUAUAAACAUCCUUACCUAGGUGCUGGACUCGGUUUCUUUGAUUUUGCCAGGCACAAAAGGCGCAUAUACACACUAUACCAUUGCUUAUGGGAAAGAUAACUGGGAGAGUGGGAGAGGGAUAGGUUAAUGGGCUAAUACUAGCACGGCGCUGGGAUGGGUUACCUAUAAACUUGGAAAGCAUUCAUUGUAUUGAAGUUCAAGAUGAAGAUUUUGAUGUUUUUGAUGUUUUUGAUGUUUUCGUUCUUGUGUUAUGUCUUAUGUCUUAUGUGUGUGUUUGGGCAAAAAAGAGGUGCAAGCAAAACUGUGCAAAACUCCACUAAACAUUUUACAACUCUCUAAAUAUUACAGUUGGGAAACUACAAUGGCAAUGGUAAUUGGGAAUCAUGUUGAGGAGUUGAGAGUUGUGUUACGUUACGAGUUCUUAUUUUAUGGUCUCGACUUCCUACUUACACGGUUACACCUACAUACCAUACUAGGUCAGGGUGCCUAGGUCAGGGUGCCUACCUUGUAGGUAGUGUACGUCUUAGAUGGGGGAACUUACGCGGUCAAUGUUGAGGGUAGUUGCAACCAUCUAUUAUAAAGAUAUCUGGGAUUUUAUUAAAUAUCCAAGCUUUUCCAAGCUUUCUCCUCCACAAC